AUAAGCAAAAAAUGCAGCCAUCAAUACUCAAUGACGUGCCUGAAGUUGGAUGUAGUGAAGCUUGUAGAGCACCUGGGCUCAGCGGAAAGCUACCAGAUUCUGCCGGGAGUUUCAAUAGUGUACUCAAAGUCAAAACGCAACGAUACCAGUCUGAUUCCGGCCGAUUUGGCCGUGUCCCUUGUUCGGGACGCCAACUCAACUGAGAAACUAGACAGGUUUCUUUUUCAGAAGGUUGACAACUUCCUCAGUUCUUUGUCGCUCAACGUCAAACUUCUCGACUCAAGGGUGAUCGGAAGCGUUCGGAAGUUCAGUGUGAGCGCUUUCUCCAGUUUCUUCCCAAGCUUUUGGCCUGAAGAAGGUCGGAAGAAAAAAGACUCGUACCACGCGGCGGCCAUGUGGUCGGCAGGGACGUUAGCAGCCGUCGGGUUCUCAGCCCUGGCAGCCAUGUCCGGCAAGGCCCUCAUGACGUCCAUGAUCGCCCUCCUCUUGGCGGCUAUGUCAGCGUUCAAGCACCACGGAGGCGGCAAGACUUCCCACUACGAGAUCAUCACCAAGCCGGCCCACUAUCACGACCAUGACCACCUCCACUCGGCCAGCUACACCGGCGCCCCCUACAGCUACGCCCGGCAUCUCGUCAUCGCCCCUGCCGAAGACGAUCGCAACGGGCCCCCGGACGAGUACAAAAUCCCCUUCAGGCCCUACCCCUUGUCCCCCACCUACAUCCCGGCGCAUGAUAAAUGACGCCGGGCUGAUUGGGCCCCUCAGAUAGGCCCCCCGGAUGAGUACAAAAUUCCCUUCAGGCCCCGCCCCUUGCCUCUCACAUACAUCCCUGCUCAUGAAAAAUGACCUAACGUCAAGAUAAUAUAAGAAGUAGACGACAUUGUUUGUCUUGCAACAAGAUACAUUUCUGGGCCAAAUUUUUUUGAAAAGCAUCAAAAACUGGGGGAAGCGUACAUCAACUCAGUGUUACCUGAUAUACCGGGAUGGGCAAAAGAAACGCGCGACACGCCAUUCGACGAUGUGCCACAAAUAGGGGGUCUCCAUUUGAAAACUUUAAUAUCUUGAGGGGGUGCUCAGCGAUCGGGGGGUCGUAACCCCCCAAAAAGUUGUCCCCCUCGAUGAUUAGGACAGCAGCCCAAACCAGAACAUUUUAACUCAAUAAUUGAAAGAGUUAUGGUGUAUCGAGCGUUUGUUUUGCCCACCCCGGUAUACGAGGGGCCCAAAGCGUUAGAGGUGUAUUUGUCACAAGGGAAGACAAAAGUCAAAUUGCGAAAAAGAACAUUACGUUAUAAUACGUCCUUUGGAGUAUAAUUUUAAGAGGAAGGAAUGAUCAUUCCCCAAAUUGUGCGUCGAUAUGCUUGUCACUCCUUUUCUUCAGACUUAUUAACUCUUAUUUGAGCUAUGCUGUUGUGUGCAGAGGUCAUUGUUUGGAAUCCAAAAUUUCCUCUCAAAAAUUACAAAUCCUCACAUCCUAGCUCGGAAAGGAUUAAUGUUCAAUUAUCAAUGGUAUCUAGAUACGGCCAUCAUACAUUUUCCUCAAACCACUAGGCUAAGUGGAACAAAUCCAGAAGGUUUAGAUUACGGAAGUGACUGAAAAAUAAGUUAGUCGAGUGGGUCGCGGUUGAAUAGCAUUUUAAUGGUUAAGUUUCACAGUGAAGGAAAAAGUAACACGUUUUGCCCAAACGUCAAGUCACCAUGUCCAAUAAAAAUAGAGAUACUGGCACUGAGGAACACAGUGAGUUAUGUCAUUCAAAAAUUGCUUAAGUCAUUUAUGCCAAAGUCUCCUCAACCAUAGUAUCAUCGGGUGCAGAUUAAUUUAAUAAUCAUUGGCUACUCUACAUCUACACGCACUAUUGAUAAGCCCAGGGUAGAAAAUACCAUGAUUAUACUGUUUCAGAUUAAACGUAGACGAUUGAGAUUUAGACGAAUCUUUUCAUUAUUUUACGGCUCUUUAAAAUUCUACAUUCAACAAUCAAAAUAGGAUUCCAAGACCUAUAGACAUGGCUUAUGGAGAAGCAAUAACUCUGUCCAAAAAAUUCACUUUGAGUGGCUAUACGAGACUCAAUUAAGAUGAUUGAAUGAACCCAUCUCCCUUCAGUCAAAAAGUUUCCUAUUGUUUGGGAACCCAGGGAGUUCAUCACCUCGUAUUAAGAGAAAUCACUUUUACGUGCGGCAUAGCUUCAUAAGUCCAAGGUUGGUUUUACCGAAACCAAAAUGCAAAUUUCAUCGUCCACAUUUAUAACGUUCGAAAAAUGAAAACUUUCUGCAUUAUCGCAAACAGCUUUGAACUUAGGGAAAAAAUUCCACAAAAAGGCUGUGUUAUCACAAGGUUCCGCAUUAUAACCUGUCUAUAAAAUGACUAGGUUUCCGGAAACGGAGCAAAAGGACUCUCUUGGCAAAAUUCCUCCUUGGCUCAUUAAGCAUUUUAUUUUUGACCCUCUUUC